AUGAGCUUCUCCUUUUCCCUGAAGAAGUCAUCAGCUACUAAGCCCACAGCCGGAACAGGAGGAGCGCCAGCAGGAACAGUGCGGGCACCGCUUGCUGUGUUUCAAGAGGCAUUAGAGGCUGAGGCUUUGGAAGCUGAGCAACAGCAGCAGAAGCCUUCUCGCUUGUCAUUAUCUCAUUUCUCCCGCCCCGCAGGCAAAAUAGAUAAGGAAAAGGUAGAGCAGUUGCUGCAGCAGGACCCCCAAGCUCUGUCCUACGAUGAGGUGUAUGACCAAGUCAGCUGCAACGCAGCGAAGGAGCAGCAGCAGCGCUCGCAUGCUCACUAUACUUACCUUGGAUACACAGAAGACAUCAAGGACAAGAUAGCCAAGGACAACUUAGUGGCAGACACUCUGGCAGCAGAGGCAGCAGCGGCCGCUAAAGCCACGGGGGCUUCGACUAGCCCUCUGGGGACCUCGCCGGGGGCCCCUGGCGGAGCGUCGGGGGCCCCACAGGCGCGUUACAUUGGCAAGUUUGUGGUGAAGGCGCAGCGGCGGCAGGUGGAGAAGGAAAUAAUCAAAGAGCGGCAGAUGAAGAAGGAGAGAGAGAGGGAGGGAGCAGUACCGGAGGAGGUGUUCGUGACAAGCGCUUACAAGGCUCGACUUGAGGAAAGAAGGAAGAUUAUGGAGGAACUGGAGAGACAGGACGAAAGGGACAGACAGAGUGCUGCAGAUAAACAGAGGGAUUUGUCUUCAUUUCAUUCCUAUCUGCUCAAGUCAGGAGCAGCAACGCGCAGCGCCGUUGGAGCCAGUCCGGCUGCAAGUGCUGCUGCUGGCGCAGCAGCAACUGCUGCUGCAGCUGCUUUACGUGCUUCUGCUGCCCACAGGCAGCCGGAAGCAGCCGGAGCAGCAGCUCCUGCAGCAAAGUCUGGGCAAGUGAAGAAUUCGCCUGGUGCACUGAAGGCCGAGAGCCCAGCAGCAGCUUCUCACAGCCAGUCCCCCCAGCAGCAGAAUAAGGAAGAGAAAACUUCUGUCAAGGCAGAGCCCGCGAACGACGCCCACAGCAGCCCUGCCACCCCCAGCAGCAGCAGCAGCAGCAGCAGCAGCAAAACUCCGAUAACAGAAGACAUGGUACUGCCGUUUAAGAGGUCUGCAGGGCCCAAGACUUUGCCUGUCCCCGACAAGCUCUCGCCUGCUGACAUUGCCAGCGCCAGGGCCCGGUAUUUACAACUCAAGAAGUUGAAGACGGAGACAAAAUGA